GCGAGGGGAGCGAUGCCGCUGCACCAGGUGCCUCCGCGGCUGUGGAAGGCGGCACAGCUGCAGCGGGGCAUCUAUGCCCGCCUGCCCGAGCACUAUCUGCGGGCGCUCCGAGAGGACGAGAAAGCGCCGCCGCCGGCCGUGCACUGGAGGCCGCAGGAGCGCCCGCGGGAGCUCGACCCCGCCACCGGCCGCCGCCGCCGCGUGCAGGACGUCCCGCUGCCCAUCUACUACCCGCCAGCCAGCCAGGAGGGCCUCUGGGGCGGAGAGGGGUGGGUCUCCGGCUUCCGCUACGCCAACGACAACAAGCUCUCACCCCGGGUGAAGAAGGUGUGGAAGCCGCAGCUCUUCUUCCGCCAGCUCUACAGCGAGAUCCUGGACAGGCGGCUCACCAUCACGGUCACCAUGCGGACCCUGGACCUCAUUGAUGCCGCCUUCGGUUUCGACUUCUACAUUUUGAAGACGCCCAAGGCAGAGCUCUGCUCCAAACUGGGCAUGGAUCUGAAGCGCACCAUGCUGCUGAGGCUCGCUCGCCGCGAUCCUGCUCUUCACCCCAACGACCCUGCAAAGAGAGAGGCGAUUUAUGAGAAAUACAAGGAGUUUGUCAUCCCAGUGGAGGAGGCAGAAUGGGUUGGGCUGAGUUUGGAAGAAGCAGUAGAAAAGCAGCGGCUCCGAGAGAAGAAGGACGCGGUUCCCCUCUUCAGAGUCUACAUAGAAGAACUGGUGCAGCAGCUCCAGGAGCAGAAACUAUCUGAAUCGGCCAAAGAGCAAAGGAACUGACAAAGAGCAGGCUGGGGUGGGGCGGGCAACUCUUUGCGUUUCUGUUAGCCUGUGAGGUGGGAUAUCUUGAGGGGGCUGACUCGUGUGCAGAAGAGGAGGGUCAGUGUGAGGAGUGGGGGCAUCUGCAGGGAGUGUCCUCGGGAAGGGCUGGGCGCUCGUCACCUGUGUUCUCCUUCUCCACUAAGGAAGCUGUGGCAGAGCCUCAAUAAAGCGAAGGAUGCCUUCCCACCAUGACUGGAUGGCUUUUUUGAACGUGGCUCUGGAGAGGCUGGACCCCCCCCCCCCCCCACCGCUGCCCCAUGGGCCACUAGUCUUCCCAUCAGCCUCCAGGCUCGGCAAGGUGUUUGUGUGGAUGACUGCCAGGUACCUAGAGGAGGUGCCAGGAGGACAGUGGCUGGGGGUGGUGGUGGUUUCUGCUUUGUUUGGGACAACGUUCAGAGUGAAUUGGCAGUUUGUGUUGAAUGAAGGAAAGAACCUGAUUUUUCCUCUUAAGAUUACAACAUUAAGAAGUUAAGAAUGUAGAAGGAAACAAGAAAAGAAUUGUGGAAGCUACUCAGUUGUUUGCUUCCUGGCCUAGAGGGUCUCUGCUUGCCAUUUGGGGGCUGCUGAGGGAGGUCUGGCAGGCAGUGCCCGCCUCUCCCAGGCCUUAGCCAGAAAUAAGCCAAGGCGGCAGCUGCCUAAUGUUGCCUCUGGCCAGCAUCUCUUCAAUGACCUGAGAUUUGAGCAGGAAAGACUGCAGCAGAAACUGACCUCUUCCUGAAGAGGGAAGGUGCUUGGAGGCCCCUGGCAGCGCUCCUGAGGCUGCACACAGGAAUUCUUGCAAGGAGCUUGAAGGUGUCUUAGCAUAUCGUCGGGACAAACUUUAAAAACCACCGAAGGGGGCUGGGGGAGUUGAGGUAUCUCUUCUGUAAAGGCUGAGAUUGUAUGAAGCUGUGAGGGAGUAAUUCUCUGGUCUUGUUGUCAUUCUAUGCCCCCCCCCCCAUCCAGAAGAGGGCUAUGUGGGGGGGGGGGAGCUCCCAAGCAGGGUUUGACACAGUGGGGGGCAGCCUGUUUCUCUGAAGACCUCCAGCCACUGGAUGUCAGUCAGUGUAGGGAUGGGCUGACACCCUUGAUGAGAGAGACAGCUCACCCAUAAAAGUCACCCACGUUGGUCACCAUGGUGGCAUCUUGGUGCAAUGAGUUUCAAGUGAAGAAAGGCCGCUGUUUGCAUAGUCUCCUGUGAGUAGCCUUCACACGAUGAGCAAAGCAACUUUACGUUGUGUUCUUUGACUGGCCUUUUAUGUAUUCCUGAAGACGUGGACUGUUCCUUCAUCAUAAAGAAAUCUCCCAUUUAUCUCCAA